AUGACUGUCUCUGAUUUACCAACAACAUUCGAUGAACCCGUCGAUCUUGCCAUUAUUGGUGGUACAGGUCUAUACCAAUUAGAAUGUCUUAAGCCAGUAGCCGUGCUUCCACCAAUGCAAACUCCAUGGGGUGCUACAUCUUCUUCAAUUACUAUUGCUGUCUUUGUUGGUGAUUCUACAACCAAUCAUAAUAAGUUUGUUGUUGCAUUUAUAUCUAGACAUGGUGUUAAUCAUGAAUUCCCACCAACUCAUGUACCAUUUAGAGCUAAUAUCGCAGCUAUUAAGAAAUUACAAUGUAAAGCUGUAUUAUCAUUUAGUGCAGUCGGAUCUUUACAAGAACAUAUUAAACCAAGAGAUUUUGUAUUACCACAACAAUUAAUUGAUCGUACUAAAGGUAUUAGAGAUUCUUCAUAUUUUAAUGAAAUUGGUUUAGUCGGACAUGUCGGUUUCGGUAAUCCAUUCUCUGCUAAAUUUGCUGAUUUUAUUUAUCAAUUUAAAGAUACUUUAACUAAUCCUGAAUCAACAGAACCUUGUUUAAUGCAUUACGAUCAAGAAACUACUGUUGUUUGUAUGGAAGGUCCUCAAUUUUCAACUCGUGCAGAAUCAAAAAUGUAUAAAAUGUUAGGUGGUGAUAUUAUUAAUAUGAGUGUUAUCCCAGAAGCAAAAUUAGCACGUGAAUGUGAAUUACCUUAUCAAAUGAUUUGUAUGUCAACAGAUUAUGAUGCUUGGAGAGAUCAUGAAGAAUCUGUUACAGUCGAUGCAGUCUUUGGUCAUUUGGCGAAUAAUGGUAGAAAUGCUAAUGCUUUAGCUACUAAGAUUGUUAAAGAAAUGGCUAAAGAAAUUCCUGAAUUUAUGAUUAAUGGAGAUGGUUUAAAGGGUUCAAUUAAAAUGGCUGUAGCCACAAAAGCCGAUGUUAUGUCAGAACAAACUUUACAAAAUAUCAGAUUCUUAUUCCCAGAAUAUUGGUGA